UGGUCCUUUUCGCGCGAAAAGUGAGGCGCGUCAGAAAGAAGAAGCAGCAGAAACAGCAGCAGAAGAAGAAGAAGAAGCAGCAGCAUGGCGGAUUCUUCAGAGUCGUUCCACAUGGCCACCAGUCCGAGCCGAGCCUCCCGGAGAGGAGACAUGACGUCCAGCCCCGGGCGAGACCUGCCCCCCUUUGAGGACGAGUCUGAGGGCCUGCUGGGGGACGAGGCGCUCCCCGUGGAGGAGGAGGAGGACGGGGACGGGGAGGAGCUGAUCGGGGACGGCAUGGAGAGGGACUACCGAGCCAUCCCGGCUCUGGAUCAGUACGAGGCCGAGGGUCUGGACCUGGACGACGAGGAUCUGUCGGAGAUGUCCCCCGGAGCCCGGGCCGCCGCCGAGGAGGCCAUGAGGAGGAGGGACAGGGAGCAGGGAGUCAGCGGGAGGCUGAGGAAAGGCCUGCUCUACGACAGCGAAGAUGAGGAUGACGAGCGGCCGGCGGCUCGGCGGAGGCGUCUGGCUGAGCGAGCGGCGGAGGGCGUGGCAGACGGAGAAGAAGAGGAGAUGAUCGAGAGCAUCGAGAACCUGGAGGACAUGAAGGGUCACACGGUGAGGGAGUGGGUCUCCAUGGCGGCGCCUCGCCUCGAGAUCUACAACCGCUUCAAGAACUUCCUGCGGACCCACGUGGACGAAAACGGCCACAACGUGUUCAAGGAGAAGAUCAGCGACAUGUGCAAAGAGAACAAGGAGAGUCUGGUGGUGAACUACGAGGACCUGGCAGCCAGAGAACACGUUCUGGCCUACUUCCUGCCAGAAGCUCCCACGGAGAUGUUGAAGGUCUUCGAUGAAGCAGCUAAAGAGGUGGUGCUGGCCAUGUACCCCAAAUACGACCGCAUCGCCCACGAGAUCCACGUCCGCAUCUGCAACCUGCCCCUAGUGGAGGAGAUCCGCUCCCUCAGGCAGCUGCACCUGAACCAGCUGAUCCGGACCAGCGGCGUGGUGAGCAGCUGCACCGGCGUCCUGCCUCAGCUCGGCAUGGUCAAGUACAACUGCAACAAGUGCAACUUCGUACUGGGACCCUUCUUCCAGAACCAGAACCAGGAGGUGAAACCGGGCUCCUGUCCAGAGUGUCAGUCCCUGGGGCCCUUCGAGAUCAACAUGGAGCAGACCGUGUACCAGAACUACCAGAGGAUCACCCUCCAGGAGAGCCCCGGUAAAGUCGCCGCCGGCCGCCUGCCGCGCUCCAAAGACGCCAUCCUGCUGGCCGACCUGGUGGACCACUGCAAACCCGGAGACGAGAUCGAGCUGACGGGCGUCUACCACAACAACUACGACGGCUCUCUGAACAUGGCCAACGGCUUCCCCGUGUUCGCCACCGUCAUCUUAGCCAAUCACAUCACACGCAGAGACCAGGGCGUCGCCGUGGCCGAGCUCACCGACGAGGACGUCAAAGCCAUCGUCGCCCUGUCCAAGGACGAACGCAUCGGGGAGCGGAUCUUCGCCAGCAUGGCGCCGUCCAUCUACGGCCACGAGGACAUCAAGCGAGGUCUGGCCCUGGCGCUGUUCGGAGGAGAGCCCAAAAACCCAGGAGGGAAACACAAAGUGAGAGGAGACAUCAACGUCCUGCUGUGUGGAGACCCGGGAACCGCCAAGUCCCAGUUCCUCAAGUACGUGGAGAAGGUUUCCAGUCGGGCGGUCUUCACCACGGGUCAGGGCGCCUCCGCCGUCGGUCUGACCGCCUACGUCCAGAGACACCCGGUCACCCGCGAGUGGACGCUGGAGGCCGGAGCGCUGGUUCUGGCCGACCGCGGCGUCUGCCUGAUCGACGAGUUCGAUAAGAUGAACGACGCGGACCGCACCAGUAUCCACGAGGCCAUGGAGCAGCAGAGCAUCUCCAUCUCCAAAGCCGGCAUCGUCACCUCGCUGCAGGCCAGGUGCACCAUCAUCGCCGCCUCCAACCCCAUCGGCGGCCGGUACGACCCGUCGCUCACCUUCUCUGAGAACGUGGACCUGACGGAACCCAUCGUGUCCAGGUUUGACUGUCUGUGUGUCGUCAGAGACACCGUGGACCCUGUUCAGGACGAGAUGUUGGCGCGCUUCGUGGUCGGCUCCCACAUCAAGCAUCACCCUAGCAACAAGGAAGGGGGCGUGGCCUUGGAGGAGGUGGUUCUGCCCAACACGUCUGACGUUCCUCCGAUUCCCCAGGUGCUGCUGAGGAAGUACAUCAUCUACGCCAAAGAGCGGAUUCACCCCAAACUGAACCAGAUGGAUCAGGACAAGGUGGCUCGCAUCUACAGCGACCUCCGCAAGGAGUCCAUGGCCACAGGCAGCAUCCCCAUCACGGUCCGUCACAUCGAGUCCAUGAUCCGCAUGGCCGAGGCCCACGCCAAGAUCCACCUGAGGGACUACGUUCUGGAGGACGACGUCAACAUGGCCAUCAGGGUGAUGCUGGAGAGCUUCAUCGACACGCAGAAGUUCAGCGUGAUGAGGAGCAUGAGGAAGACGUUCUCUCGUUACCUGGCCUUCCGGCGGGACAACAACGAGCUGCUGCUCUUCAUCCUCAAACAGCUGGUGGCCGAGCAGGUGGCCUAUCAGAGGAACCGAUACGGAGUCCAGAACGACACCAUCGAGGUCGCAGAGAAAGACCUGCAGGACAAGGCCAGACAGAUCAGCAUCCACAACCUGACGUCGUUCUACGACAGCGACGUCUUCCGAUCCAAUAAGUUCAGCCACGACGGGAAGAAGAAACUGAUCCUGCAGCAGUUCUAGGAGCCCCCCCCUUGUUUCAGGGGCCAAUCGUAAUGCUGCACUCGAGGAGGAGGCGGGGCUACAUGUAGCUCUGAGGAAGCAGACAGAACAACAACCGACACAAACGUGUUCACGAUGCAGCUUUACAUGUUCUGUUGACCCCAUGUGGUCUUAAAGAUCACGUGAUCAUCUGGUCAUGUGAUCAUCUGAUCAUGUGAUCAUCUGGUCAUGUGAUCAGCUGAUCAUGUCUGUGGUGAAGAGUCUGGUUCCAGAAUGAGAGCUAAGGUUAAAGUAGUAACAGACACACACUCUGGAGGUCUCCUCUCUGGUGGCUGAUUGUAAAUAAAUGUACAUGUUUGUGUUUGUGGGUUUAUUGUUUCUGUUCCUGUCUGUUGUUGAGAUGGAGGACAUUUACAGACUCCAGGUUUUUGUAUUUCAAGCUUCUUCAGCUGUUCUGAAGAGAAUGUAGCAGGAAGUUAAACCUCAACUUCAGAUAAAAUAAAAUGUUUCUUGAUGACCACUGA